ACGCUGCUACUACUCUAAUGAAGCCAUCACCAGCGUCACUUCAAGGGCCGCACCCCUCAGCCUUUGCGCAAUCUAUACUCUCAUCGCCUAACGUGAUGACCUUUUGCCACGCAUAGUCACACCGAAGUCGAGACCGUUACCUCAUGACACCGCGAACUCCUGCAGGAUAUCGUGGGGGAGGGAUAUGGAACGAUAGAGGAAGGAAAGGAAGGGCCCCGUCCUGCCGGACGGAAGACGAAUGUACAAGACGGCACAAGACAGAAGGAAACUACUACUUGGAUCCGGUGUUUAUUCCUCGGACGACGCACGUGGACCGGCAAGACGGCGAAGAAAGGGAGCAUGAAGGAAAGGAAGGGAACUGUAUAAUGAAGAAAAGAGGAAAUAAACGUCACAUUCCACGAUUUGAGUCUGCACUGAAUGACUUGAGGUUCGCCAACAUCUUCGCGACUGGCCUCCUUGAAAGCGUCUGCCAACGGCCCUGGAAUGACUGGCGCCGUAACAGUCCUGGACUGUGUUUCGUGAAAAGCGCGGAGAAGCGCUCGACAUCAUCGAACCCUCGCAUUAUGCCCCAUCAAGUUGUCACGAAGCCUCUCAAGUUGUAAGUAAUCCUGAGCAAUGGACCGUCGUCAAGCUAUUCAGUGUAUGUUAAAUUGGUUGGAGCGCAAAAGAGGC